CUGCUCACCCUAACAGUCACGAUGACAUAGUUUAUCAACCAGAGAGCACUGACAAGUUUAUUUUUACACUGUAAAAUGUCACCUUCAGUGGAUACGCUGCUCGCAGUCUGGCCAUCAUGACAGAUGCAGCACAUCUUCUGACUGACGUUGGCAGCAUCGGGAUCAGCAUCUUCUCUCUGUGGAUCUCAUCCAGGCCUCACACACACACCAUGACAUUUGGGUGGCAUCGAGCAGAGAUUCUGGGCAUGUUGCUGUCAGUUGGGUCUAUCUGGGCGGUGACCGCGGCGCUGGUCAUAACAGCCAUUCAGAGGAUCACUGAUGGAGACUACGACAUCGACAGUCAGAUCAUGCUCCUAACCUCCGGCUGUGCAGUGGGGGCCAACGUCCUGAUGGUCCUGAUCCUCCAUCAGUCUGGAGCCUCACACGGCCACAGCCACAGCUUUCCCAGCAGCCAGCGCCAGGGCCACGGCCGCAAUCACGGCAACGGCAGCGUGAAGGCGGCUUUCAUCCACGUGGUGGGAGAUCUGGUGCAAAGUGUCGGGGUCCUGCUGGCUGCCACCAUCAUCCACUUCUGGCCUGAAUAUAAAGCCGCAGAUCCGAUUUGCACAUUCCUGUUCUCGGUUCUUGUUCUUGGAACAACACUUCCAGUCACAAAGGAUGUUUUCAGAAUCCUGAUGGAGGGAGUUCCUCAGGGCGUCCCCUUCAGCACUGUGAGAGAGCUGCUGCUGUCUGUGAGAGGAGUCGUGGGUGUUCACAGUCUGCACAUGUGGAGCCUCAACAUGACUCACUCUUUACUUUCUGUCCACGUGGCCACAGAAGAAGAUGCCGACUCACAGAUCGUUCUCAGGAAGGCAACAAAGCUCCUGCGCUCCGAGUUUGGUUUCUCCAGCGUCACAAUCCAAGUGGAGCGUUAAAAGGACGACUGCUGACAGCAGCGGGACUGGAGGAGGACUGUGGAGACGGACCACUCGGGCGCUGGUUUACUGCUUAACAGCCUCUGGUCCAACUUUAAAUUUCAGGAGUUUGUCUGCAACUGUUUUAAUGCAAGGAGCAGAUCAUUACUGUCUUGCUGUUUAUUAAUCCUCACUCAGGUUUUCCAGCUUCUAAAAAAUGUAUUCACAGGGGAUUCCUGUAAAGAGCUGUGAGUCUUUGAUAAAAUAUUUAUUCAUGAUGUUACUACGGUCAUGUUUGAGCUUUGAAUUAAACUCCCAGAGUUGGCUCCUGGCAGUCAUUACAUUGGCAUAAUAAAUGAUUUUUUUAUUUAUGAA